AUGGCAGCAGGACAGGAGAAUGUUAAGCAUCUUGAGGACUGCUCGGUUGCUAACGCACUAGGAACAUGGGUCUUCUCAGUCGCAGGAGCUUUGCUAGCAAUUCCAGUUGGGAUAAAACGAAAAUCCUUAGCACCCCUUGUGUUCUUUGGUACGACAGGUACAAUGCUUGAUAUUAUAAUGGGGAUCAGUCAAUGUGAAAGAGAACAUGCAGAACGCCAAGCAAAGCUACUAGAAACCCAGAAUUCUGCAGGUGAUGAAUCUUUUGCAGAGACAGGAUCUGAGUCUUGA